AUGCCUGCCAAAAAAGGAGCACCAAAGAGAAAGUCAGAGGUUAUUGAUGAAGAUCAAGAUGCCAAGAAGGCCAAAGUCUCUCAUAGCAGCCACGGCACCGAGUCCGGCCUGGUGCUGGUUCUUGGCCAGGGGGAUGUGGGACAGCUGGGUCUGGGUGAGAACGUGAUGGAGAGAAAGAAGCCUGCGCUGGUCUCCCUCCCAGAGCCCAUGGUGCAGGUCGUGGCUGGAGGAAUGCACAGCGUGUGUCUCAGUGAGGCUGGUCAUGUCUACACGUUUGGCUGUAACGAUGAGGGCGCGCUGGGACGGGACACUGCGGAGGAGGGCACAGAGACGCACCCCGCCCGAGUGGAGCUGGGAGAGAAGGUGGUCCAGGUGUCUGCAGGGGACAGCCACUCAGCCGCACUCACUGAGGACGGGCUGGUGUAUAUGUGGGGCUCCUUCAGGGACAAUAAUGGUGUUAUUGGUCUCCUGGAGCCGUUCAAAACCUGCACUCGUCCUUCAAAACUUCCCCUUGCAGAACCUGUUGUGAAAAUUGCUUCUGGUAACGACCACCUUGUAAUGUUAACGCUGGAUGGAAACCUGUUCACGUGUGGCUGUGCGGAGCAGGGACAGCUGGGCCGAGUCCCAGAACAUUUCUCAAACAGAGGAGGCCGGCAGGGACUAAGUCGCCUGCUGGUGCCGCAGAUGGUGAAACUAAAAGGAAAAGUUCAUUUUACCGAUGCCUUCUGUGGGGCCUACCUCACUUUUGCCAUUUCUAAGGAGGGAUACGUGUACGGGUUUGGUCUAUCAAACUAUCACCAGCUUGGCACUAAAAGCACAAAGAUGUGUUACGUCCCGGUAAAGCUGACGUGCUUCAAGAACUCCACCACGUCCUGGGUGCAAUUCGCAGGCGGACAGCACCACACACUCUGUCUGGAUGCACAAGGGCAGGUGUACAGUCUGGGCCGGGCGGAGUACGGCCGACUGGGGCUGGGCGAGGGAGCGGAGGAGAAGAGCGAGCCCACAGUGGUCUCAUCGAUGGAGCCGGUGUGCAGCGUGGCCUGUGGGGCAUCUGUGAGCUACGCAGUCACCAAAGAAGGCUCGCUGUACUCCUGGGGGAUGGGCACCAACCUGCAGCUGGGCACCGGGGAGGAGGACGACGAGUGGAGCCCUGUGAAAAUGUCGGGGAAGCAGCUGGAAAACCGCACAGUACUGAUGGUGUCCAGUGGAGGGCAGCACACGGCACUGCUAGUCAAAGACAAACCCCAGAGCAGCUGA